CCUCUGGAGUGUUUCCAUUGGAGAGCGGCGUGGAGGUGUAGUCUGGAGCGCGUGACAUCAUGCAAUGCAGCUGUAUGAAGAAAGUGCGCUUCUCCUCAACACUCAGACUGAGGUGCGUCCGCUCCUUCGGCGUUUUGCGGCUCCUGAAGCCAAACAGACUGAACCACAAGUCAGUGUCCCGCGGAGCUUUACUAGGUGGGAGCGUGUUUUUGCUUUUUUUCCCUCUUCCGUGCAUGUUUUUUCUCCUUCUUCUCGAGUGAAAAGUCAAAGUUUGGAAGUACUUUUAAAUCUUUUUUCUUUUUUUUAAAUACACGUGAGCGCGAUUUGACAGACUGCAUGAGAGACCAGUGGACACUCGGCGCUCUUUGAAGGAGAGACCAGUGUGUGUUGAAUAUGACCGCUGAGGCGCACUCGCAUCUGGGACUGCAGAAGGCAUCCAUGGAUUUCGUCAGCGACUUUGACUUGAUGAAGUUUGGCGUGAAGAAGGAGACGAUGCAGGGUCUGGACCGCUCCUUCAUCGGCCCGUGCAGCCAGCUGCAGAGACCGGACUCCGUCUCCUCCACCCCUGCCAGCACACCUUGCAACUCGGUGCCCUCCUCGCCACAUCUCAACCCGAACGAGCAGAGAAACAACCCGGGGGGCGACCAGUUCUGGAUACCCAACAACGGGGGUUACCCCCAGCAGAUGUACCCCCAAGCUUUCGGCCUGACCCCCGAAGACGCAGUGGAGGCCCUGAUCGGCGCCACGGCGCAGCAGGGACACCCCAGCGCGCCCCACGGCCACCAGCCGCCACCUUUCCAGGCUGACUACGAGGGCUACGGUCACCUGUCCGAGCCCGUGCAGCACUACGCGGGCCUCCCGGGUCACUCCGACCUGCAGGGCAUCCCCAGCGCCCCCUGCCACGACCCCUAUCUGAAAGAUGACCUGGGGAGCGCGUCCCCCCAGUCGCCGGAGGCCCAGCAGGUCGUGGGCGCGCACCACCACCACCACCACCACCACCUGCAGCCGCAGCCGCACAGCCGCCACGACAGGCGCUCCAACGCCGAGAUGCACUUCUCGGACGACCAGCUGGUGUCCAUGUCCGUCAGGGAGCUGAACCGGCUCCUCCGGGGCCUCAGCAAAGACGAGGUGAUGCGCCUGAAGCAGAAGCGCCGGACCCUGAAAAACCGAGGCUACGCACAGUCCUGCCGCUACAAGCGCGUCCAGCAGAAACACAUCCUGGAGCACGAAAAGACGAGCCUGGUGUCACAGGUGGAGCAGCUCAAACACGAACUCAACAGACUGAUCCGGGAGAGGGACGCAUACAAACUCAAGUGCGAGAAACUGUCUGGUGCCAACUGUUACCACGAAACUGGCUCCACCAGCGACAACCCUUCCUCACCCGAGUAUUUAAUAUGAUUUUUUUUUUUUUCCUUUUUCUUUUUUAUCAUGCGGAACUGAUUUCUCCCAAAGGGUGGCAUUCAUGUUGACAGCUUGCCUUGCUCUCUAACAAACAAUCCCACGGAUCCGUCAAAGUUUUGAAUCAUCUCUGGACAUGACUCAAAUUAUUGUUCUCCACAAGAGUGGCAACAAGUUGUGAAUGAAAGAUUGCAAAGAAACAUGCAUGCAGGACAUGUGUGAUAUGUUUUUAUUUUAUACGGGCAUAUCUGUAGGUUAUUUUGUCUGAAAGAAGAUACUUGAAAAAAUCAGAGGAUACUUCCUUUUUUUCAUUAUGAUACAACUUUAAUCCCUCAGUUACUGUUCAUUUUCAAUUUUGGUGAUUUUUGCUUUGCAUAGUUUUUUUUUUUUGUAGCUCAAAUUAAAUUUUGUCUUCAUGCUUUGUUGAAAUAGAAAACACAUAUGAUGCUAGAAAUUAAACUUCUCUUAUUUUUAUGAAGCUUAUUCUGCUGGACAGAUGUGUUCCUCAUUUGCUUUUCUUUUUAUCAUAAUAUACAAUUUUGCAACAAAUUCUAAUUGUUUUUCGUUUACUGUUUUAUUUUUCAUUUACCAUGGAUCAAUAAACCUAUUGUGACUUUU